AUGACAAGAAACAUUCUUCUCCUUACUCAAACUCGCUGCCUUAUCCAGACCACCUUUGCCAUGGCCCAAGCGGACAUUAGCCCAGGCCAAAUCGGUCUCGUAGCAAGCCGAAACCCGGUCCGGAACCCAUAUGGCCCUGCCGGGUGCUAUUGCGGAUGGUAUCUCUUUUACAGUAGUGUCUGUGGUCAUCUUUUCCAGAAGAACCCUGAAUACUGCGGCCAGAAACUCACCAAAUUGGGGAGGAGUGGAUUUUGCACGACUCCCGCACCGCAGAAUCACAUGACCGCUCGGGUGGGCCAGGCUUGUCCCCAGUGCCGCCGUUAG